AUGUCCGGAUACCAGAGACCGCCUAGCUUUUCUGAUCGGAGGGGCAGUGCUUUUGCCCGGGACGAGCUGGCUCUCAGCACCUCGGCCAACCCUGUCGUCAAGGCCGCCCAGGUUCGGCCACCACGCGGACCGCCGACCCCAAGCAUGACCACGCCUGCCGCCGAGUACGACCAGACCAUGACCGGGUCGCCGCCGCCGCCUCCCACACCGGCUGCCUCGCCGGGCCCGUCCCAUGUGCAGCCGGACUGGAGCGACGCCAAUGCGGACGAGGAUUUCUUCCACUCCAAGAUCCGCCAGCACUUUAAGAGCUGCACGGCCUCCCAGAGGACGCGUCUCUUGGCCGAUCUGUUGAACCUUUGCACCAGCCAGCAGCUGAGCUUUGUUCAUCAGUUUGUCAGCCCGCUCCUGAAGAAGGACCCGUUCACAAGCUUGCCUGACGAGCUCUGCUUACGAAUCCUCUCCUUUAUUGAUGACCCCAAGGUUUUGGCCCGUGCUUCCCAGGUGUCGCGACGCUGGCGUGACUUGCUCAGCGACGACGUGACGUGGAAGAAUCUGUGCGUCAAGCACGACUACGACCGUCGCCUCUCCGAGGUCCAGCCGGCAGCGCCGCCCACCCCCGUCCGGGAAGAGACGCCGACGACCUUCCCUCUCAGUGUUUCCGACAGCGACUUCCCGACGCACAACCUGCCGUCCCUGGCCCCGCCCGAGAAUGACGUGCCCAUGGCCACCUCGCGCAGCCUGGAUGGUGCGACACAUGGCGGCACAUCCAGCAGCGGCAAGAAUCGCCCGCGGCUGCGGUCGUACAAGUCCCACUUCAAGCAACGAUACCUGGUUGAUGCUGCGUGGCGCACCGGGGGCCAGACCAUCACCAAGAAUAUCACUCAGGAUGGUGGUCUGGUGACCAGUCUGCAUCUCACUCCCAAGUACAUCAUUGUGGCCCUGGACAAUGCGCGCAUCCAUGUGUUCAACACCGAGGGCGAGGACCAGAAGACGCUGCAAGGCCAUGUCAUGGGCGUCUGGGCCAUGGUGCCUUGGGAGGACACCCUCGUCAGUGGUGGCUGCGACCGCGAUGUCCGUGUCUGGAAUCUUCUCACAGGGCAAUGUGUGCACACGCUCCGCGGCCACACCUCGACGGUUCGCUGCCUAAAGAUGUCUGACGAAAACACGGCCAUCUCGGGCUCCCGUGACACCAUGCUACGCGUAUGGGACAUCCGCACUGGCCUCUGCAAGAACGUCCUCGUUGGCCACCAAGCUAGCGUGCGCUGCCUCGAAGUAAAGGGGGACAUUGUUGUCUCCGGCAGCUACGACACCACUGCCAAGAUUUGGAGCAUCUCUGAGGGCCGGUGUCUCCACACACUGCAGGGUCACUAUAGUCAAAUCUACGCCAUCGCUUUUGACGGUGUCAAGGUUGCCACGGGCAGCUUGGACACCAGCGUGCGCAUCUGGAAUGCAACCACGGGCGAGUGCCAGGCGGUGCUCCAAGGCCACACGUCUCUGGUUGGCCAGCUGCAGAUGCGCGGUGACACUCUUGUGACUGGUGGUUCUGAUGGCUCCGUCCGUGUUUGGUCGCUGUCUCGCUUCUGCCCCAUCCAUCGCCUGGCCGCACACGACAACAGCGUCACCAGUUUGCAGUUUGACGACACACGCGUUGUGAGCGGCGGCAGCGAUGGCCGCGUCAAGGUGUGGGAUCUGAAGACUGGCCAAAUGGUCCGCGAGCUGAUUUCCUAUGGUGAUGCAGUCUGGCGUGUUGCAUUUGAAGACGAGAAGUGUGUGGCUAUGGCCCUUCGUGGCGGCCGCACUGUCAUGGAGGUCUGGUCGUUCUCUCCACCUGACGACGUCCUCAGCGAUCGACCACUCUCCCUGCCGCAGCGGUCCUUGGACCCACCGUCGGACGCGUCGCCGCCGCGGCCUAUGAGCGCCUUGGCGAUCGACUUCCGGCGGCCCCAGGCCCUGUCGGGCCUCCCGCGGCGAGAUACUGCUGGCGACGACGUUGAUAUGCGAGACGCCGGACCGGCGACAGCGCCGUUACAGCAGGGCAACUCGACGUUCUUCCACGAUGCCUAG